AUGGCGACCAACGGACACUCGAAUCUCAAGCGCUCCGCGAGCCUGGAUGAUCAUGAGGACGGGGACGACAAUCAGGAGCAUGGCGGGCGCCAACGAUCACGAGCGGCUUGUGCGCCUUGUCGGCAGAGGAAGAGGAAAUGCGACGGCAAGGUCCCAUGCGCCACAUGCGUGAGAUAUGAAUACCAAUGCGAAUACACAUCCUCCAAACGUGCCUCCAUCCAUGCAAAUGGCGACGUCUCUCAAGAGCCGCCGGCUCCGGCUCCCGUCGGUCACACGCAACCCAGCAUGCUGCAACUCCAGGCCCAUCCGCUCACCGCGCCCGGCGCGAGGUUCCACCACCGCGGUAUCCUAGAUCCGAGCAAGACGCGCUUCGUGAGAGCCAACUCGGCCAUUGCCUUCCCGCGCAUUCUAGGAAUGGACUUUGAGUCUGAGAGUAUCCCUCGGCUGCACUCGUUUGCGUGGCAUCUGGGCAUUCGAAGAGAGCAUCCUGAUCCGUUGAUGGAGAUCACUUCCAUCUUGACGUGGGCGGACAUGCAACAUUUGGCUAAAGCUUACUUCAAUAUCGUGAAGCCUGAAAUUGGGCUGCUGGAUGAGUCUGAUUUUGUUGAGCAAGCUUCAGCUCGGUUCGCCAACCCUCAAGGUGAUAGCGAGGUUGAUGCGGUCCUGCUUGGAGUAGCUGCUUUAGGUUCCUUCUUCUCACCAAAUCCUCAUCCUAAGGAGGAAGACUUCGUGAGCCAUGCGAAGAAGGUGCUGGAUAAGCGAAGCAUGGUCCGCUCGCCGACGUCGAAUAGUGUCUUUGGCUGGAUCUUGCGCACACUGUACUUGCGCUUGAUGUCGAGACCGCACUCCGCUUGGGUCGCAAGCUCUGUGGCGAUGCAUCAAGUCGAAGCCUGCGGUCUGCACAAGGAGAUGCAGACGAUUGCGGUUGUCUACCCUGCAGCUCCAACGGGCGACCACAAGUUGGCCAAGAUCAGGCGACGAUUAUUCUGGAUGGCUCGAGCUCUGAACAUCAUCUUCUCCUUCGAGUAUGGGCGAUCAAGAGUCAACUUUGACGUUGUCACAACGAAGAGAUUUGCAGCUGACAGCAGCGGCUACUCACAUCAGCUGGUCGAGCUCGCAGAUUUACUCCCAAGCGACUACGUCGACAGAGAACGAGAGCCUGAUCCACCCGCAGCGCUGAGCUCCGCCCUGACCAAAAUCGAAGAACUCCAAUCCGAAUCCUCCUUCAUCAACAUGCUAAAAGCCGACCUCGCAUUCGCCAUCUACCGCCGCCUCUGGCUCAUGUCCCUCACCGACGCCAAAGACCGCGCCGACUCCGUCCUCACCCUCGGCAAAGCCGCCUGCGCCGCUUCCGCAACAAUGCUCGAAGCGCGCAUCCCCUGGUGGAACGUCCUCACCACCCCCUUCCAAUACCUCUGCACUGUCCUGGCCAUGGACACGCCUAAGUCGCUGAACCAAGUCUCUGACGCUAUGACGUUGAUGUACCGCAUCAGUCAGGUCUACGACACGCACAUGGUCCGCGAAGCUUACAACCAGGCGGCCUCGCUGGUCAAGAUGUCCCGGGCGCGGAAGGAGAGGGAGCUGGAGGCGCUGAGCUCUUUGCCUGAAAGGCCGCCUUUCGAGGACCAUCCGUCGACUGCAGCGUCGGCGACGAUGACGGAGGUGCCGAGUAUUGAUUGGUCGACGGUGGAUUUGCCGUUUGAAUGGGAUAUCUUUUUGAACCCGGACCUGGUUAUGUCGAGCCAGCAAGGGCAGAGUGCGGUUGAUGCCGCUUUUGGAGGGCAGCUUGGGUUCUAG